AUGAAUCACCGCGGUGUCGGAUGUGAGGUGGACAAGGACGACUUCAUGUCGAUCGAGGACGAACAGUGGAUCACCGAUGGCGUGGUGGACUUUCACAACGUGCUGCUUAGCAUCAGGAAGCCGUCGCUCCGCGACGGCAAGACAUGGGCCGCCAUGGACUGCAAGGCCUAUUCACAGACGACAGCUGCGCAUGGAGUGCCGUUAACGCUGGGGAGUGGGCGGCCGCUUUUGGAACACGAUUAUCUUGCGAUCCCGGUCCUAGAGUCGCGGGAGAUGCGCCGAGACUUGUGUGCACACGCUGGCGGAGAGCUUCUGAAACAACUACAGGAACUGGGGAUUGAAGUCCCGCCGCAAGACGAAGGCCUGGUUACCGCAGAGGGGACAGUGGUGCAGGUGAGAAACACUGCGGAGGGAGAUGGGAGGCAGGCGCCAAACACUCGCCAUGAUGAGGACGCUCGGUUUACGGAGAUGACGAGGCGCAUAGCAUCGCUGCAUAACGAUGUGAGGUACCUGGACGCCAGCUUCACCGUGAUCGCCAACUUCGUGGGCCUGAGCCGGGACGAGGUGGUGUCCGCUGCAACCCAACUGCUGCUGCAUGGAGGGGUCGCGGGGAACGGCACGAAAACAGAGGCGGGUGGCAACAAGCAUGCGCCACGCACACCCCAGCGUCCGUCUGCCCGGAAGAGGCGAGAUGACAGCAGUCCUGAGGAGGACGGCGUGCGCAACCUCACCCAGGUGGCGCUGGCCUCCACGUUCGCCGCAUGUGCGCCGACACCGAGCCUGCUGCAGAACCCGCUGAUCUCGAACGGGGCCAUACCUCCCUGGAUGUUGACGCGCCCGCGGCUGCUGUCCGGCACGGGUGUGCCAGCUGGACCUGACGUGUGGGGAGACAGGCUUGGGCAGGAGACGGCGAAGGCCGACGAAGAGGAGGAUCUCGUGUCAGACUCAGAUGACGAGGACGGUGGCGAAGAUACAAGUGCAACCAGGUACACGGGUGUGAAGCUGGAUCCGAACACCGGCAAGUACUGCGUCAAGAUUUUGUUUAAAGAACGUGGGAAGCGCAAGCAGCAGAGACUGGGAGGGUACACCACUGAGGAGGAGGCGGCAUUUGCAUACGCCGCCGGUGCGUUCGUGCUGAGGCCUAGCGAGAGGAUACCCAACACCGUCAGCCUGUCGGCCGCAGAGAAGGCAACGCUGCGGGGGUGCACCAAAGAAGAUUUACAGACCCUGGUGGAAGCGAGGAAGUGGUGGAGGUGGAGGAGUUGGCGUGAGGCGCUGGAGAGCGUGGGCCAGCGGUUGAAACGAGUGAGGAAGCGUGGGGGUGCAACAGGUGCAUCAAAGAGGCGCAGGGUUGUGGACCACGACCACACAGCUACCAACGACCCAGCGGCAACUGACAAUGCUGAGAGUGGGGGGACGGCCCCAGUGACAAACGAGCAAGGCGGAGGUGCAAGGGACAAUGACCAGGAAGAGCGGAGGGAAGACACUGGAGCUGAGGAGAAGACAUCAGAGAUGGCUGCAUAA